AACAUUCUAAAGCUUGCAAACAUACCACUUCGACAUGCUUCGAACAUGGUAGAACAGAGAACAUGUACAGAAUCCCGAACCCGAUCACAGUAACUGACGCUAUAUGGAUACUUGUAGAUCUGACCGUAGAUAUGGAGGGAUCUAAGAGCGGGGAAGGCCCAGAUCGAGCAGUAGGAACUGAGAUCUAUCUACAGCCGCUGUUGCUGCUUGGCCGGUGAGAGGACGACGGCUUCGACAACGAAUGCCGACAGCAACCCAGCCUUGACGCUGAACACGCAUAACCAUUGACUACUUGCUUCAUGCGAGAAGCUGAUGCAAUAAGUGUGGAUGUUAUGGAGAAUUAAUAGCGAUGACAGUAGAAGUUGUGAUUCAAACAGGACACCGGUGACCCACGCAGUAAUGGCCGCUGUGUAGGUCUUGCAGAAGUUAAUGUCGGCCGACGAAGCCAAGAAGAGAUGCUAACUAUAGGCAUAGCGUUCUAUUUAUAAGACUCUGCAACUCGACCGCUCAAAGGUCAGAGUCAAUUCCCAGCACCGGUCCUCUCCACAGAAAAGGCCUUUGCACAGUAUUCAUGCCCCACUACGCACGCAACAGCUCCGGCUUCUACGCAAACCAUCGUUGAUGAUGCAUCAAAAGCCAUGCUUCAAAGAAAAAUAUGGAGCAAGCAUUAAAAUCAUGCACCGUCUUUGUUCUUACCACUUUACUCGGCCGAAUUCAUUAGGCCGGCUGUCCUUUGGCCCUGUCUCGAUCCUCUGCUAUUACUCUGUGAACCCAAGCUCAGUGUAUUUCUUUUAUCAGCCCUGUUGCUUUCCCUAUUCUCCCCAACCCCAAACUACCCACAUCCCCAUUAAAUUCCAUGGUGAACUAUUUUGACAUUGUGUCUAUGAAUGUAGUAGCAGAUGGGUUUGUGCAGGAGGCUGGUGGUGUUGUUGCCAUUGAUCUUUGUAGGCCACAGGGUUUGUUUCCCUCCUGCCCAAUAUAUCAGUUGAAGGAUGCUGUUUCCUUUCCCUUCCUUGCUGCUCCAUCUUGCUCCACACAUGGGUGGUGACACUGUCUUCACGUUUUUUAUCCUCUUCCUGUUUCUCUCUUAUGCUACUGCUCGUGAUAGGUGUGUGCAUCAGUCCAAGGCGGCCUACUCCUCCUCUUCCGGCCUCUUUGCUUGUGGGUAUGGCUCCAUGGCUUUGGGCUUCAAUGGAGGUUAUACAGCAGCUGGGAGCUCUACGCUUCACAGAGGGGGCGUUGGUUGUGGAGCAUGCUUCCAGAUAAGAUGCAAGAACACAAGUGUUUGCAGCACAGAAGGGGUAAGCGUGAUCCUGACGGACCUUAACAAGAGCAACCACACUGAUUUCGUGCUCGGUGACCCUGCUUUCACGGCCAUGGCACGAAAUGGCAAGGAGCAAGAGCUCAAGAAACUUGGCAUUCUGGAUGUGGAAUACAAGAGGAUCCCUUGCGAAUAUAAGAACCGGAACCUAUCUGUCAGAGUGGAAGAGAGUAGCAGAAGCCCCAGUCACCUGGCCAUCAAGUUCCUGUACCAGGGAGGUCAGACUGACAUGGUAGCAGUUGAUGUAGCUCAGGUCGGGUCACCGAAUUGGCGGUUCUUGCGCCGGGAUUAUGGUCCAGUCUGGAGCAUCAGCCGGGCGCCGGUUGGGCCACUGCAAUUGCGGAUGGUGGUGACCGGCGGCUACGGCGGCAGGUGGGUGUGGGCUCAGAAGGCGGUCCUGCCGGCGGAGUGGACAACCGGCUCAGUCUACGACUUGGGUGUUCAGAUCACUGACAUUGCCCGGGAGGGCUGUCGCAUCGAAGAAUAGAAGUAACACAGGAAUUCUUCAUCCUGUAAUUGUUGUCUCUGAAGCAGAAAUGAGGGGAUUGGAAUCCUUGUUCAUAUACUCGUCUCUGAAUAGAAGUAACACAAGAAUUCUUCAUCCUAUACUUGUCUCUGAAGCAGAAAUGAGGGGCCAACCUACUUGGUAAUUGGAAUCCUUGUUCCUUUGUACAGGUUCAUGUGCUUGAUGUCAAGAUACAAACAAAGUGCCAAGAUUCCUCAUAAGAAAA